UCUUUUUUUUCCCCUUUUUCCACAUAGACACAACAUGACUUACACACCUCCUCCUCCUGGUUCCAAAAUUAUUAUCGUAGGCGGUGGUUGCUUUGGUCUCUCCACUGCUUAUGCAUUGGCUUUAAAAAACCAAUAUGACAUUUACGUCUUUGAUAGGCAACAAAUUCCAGCACCCGAUGCUGCCUCCUCAGAUAUCAACAAGAUUGUUCGUAUGGAUUAUGCUAAUGAUACACUUUACAUGCAUCUAACCAUCGAAGCACUGGGUAUGUGGCAUCAAUGGAACGAGGAAAGAUCCCAACAAAAUCUCGACCCUGUCUUUCAUCGCUCAGGUGUCCUUUUACUUUCUGGUAAGGAUGAAUUCUCUUCUUUUGAAAAGGCAUGUAUGAAGAAUAUCAGAGAGGCAGGUUAUGGUCAUUUCAUCAAGGAGUAUCAAUCACCAGAGGAAAUCGUGGAGGAUUUCCCUCAGUUUCAUCAUGCUGUCAAACAAGGUUUUAAUACCGCUUAUUUGAACAAGGCAGGAGGUUGGUGCAAUUCGUCAGAAGCGGUCAAACACAUGUAUCAAAAAUGUAUCGAUCACGGUGUUCACUUUGUUCUUGGAGAUGAAGGAUGUUUAAAAAACGUAUACUGUGAUCCCAAAAAUCCUGAUACAGUAGUAGGUAUUCAAACCGCAGAUGACACCAUUCAUUACGCAGAUCGUGUUGUCUUGACAACGGGUUCCUGGACUGCCGGUUUAGUCAAUAUGCAUAAUCAAGUUGUGGCCAGUGGACAACAAGUGGUGCAUUUUUCUUCCCCCCAGAAUGCCACUUUAAACGCUUCAUGGGAAAAGUUACCCGUCUGGUGUGGCGAUCUUUCUAAUACUGGUUAUUAUGGAUUCCCAAUGACCCCUGGUGGAAAAAUGAAGAUUGGAAAGCACAGCAGUGGAUAUCUUAACCCUCGUGAGGUGGAUGGUGUUUCCGUACCUCGCACCCAAGUGACACAUACCACUGAUACGCUUCCUAUUGGUGCCUUACGUGAAUUCCGACAAUUCUUGGGCAACUUCUUACCCGAAACUUCAUCACUGGAUGUCUCCUUUGGCAGAGUUUGUUGGUACUCAGAUUCUAUUGAUGGUGAUUUUGUCAUUAGUCCACAUCCUGACUACAAGAAUUUGAUUGUCGCUACAGGCGAUUCAGGCCAUGGAUUAAAAUUCAUUCCAAUCUUGGGGUUCAAGAUUAGAGAUAUCAUUGAAGGCAUCGAGACAGAAUACAGUCGCGCAUGGGCAUGGCGUGAUAUGUCAACCCAAGAUACAAAAUUAGACGGCUUACGCGCUGAUUCUCUAUUACAAAGAUUAUUAUUAGAUGAAACUGAACAUGCUAGAAUGGCAACACCAGAUGAAUUCAAAGCUUCUAGACCUCGUCUUUAAAAAUUAUUCUCUCACAAGUGUUACAGUAGAUCUUUUUUGUAUAAAAUAAACUUUUCUUUUCUUUUCCCCCUUU